UUGCUCUCCGCGGGGGAUGAUUACAGGCGAGUUUGCCUGCCUCCCCGCACGCGGUUUCCCCGGCGCGGCCGAAGCUGUGCCGCUCAGUUCUCGGGCGGCCGAUCCGCUCCGGGAGCCGCUGCUGUCCUGCCUCAGCGGGCCCGUCCCGCGGGGGUAGGCGUAAAGGGGGUGUGGGAGGGCGGGUGCUGCGCCCGUGCUGCUGUUCUGUGGCUUUUCGGCUCCGGGUGGCUUCGGAAGGGUUUUUUCUCUCCUUCUGCCCGCGCUGCAGAGCUUGUAGCGGGAAGGGGCGACUUGGCUGGAAGCGACCUGGCGAAGCCGUGCGAGAAGAGUACGCUGCCGCCUCGGAAAGUUUGAAGAGGAGGUGAAGGAGGUCUUCCGUGUAGAGCGAUGUAGCCCUGAAAGAGCCUGCAGAAGGCAGCUAAACACCUCCCUGGGCGGAUUCCGGAGCAUGAGCUAAAAGCAAUGUCCCUCUCUCGUGUUGAGAGUCCUGGUUUUCUGCUUUUUCUGUUCGUCUUUCAAGCGAUAUUUAUCUUGAUACUCUACCGAGGUGGACCUUCAAAUGUGUUCCGUGGGUUUUUAGACUCGAAACAGGUUCUGGACUACUCCAAAACUCACGAUGUGUAUACCAACCUCAGCUUGUUCACCCAAGCUCCUAACGAAGAGACGAUGCCCUACUGCUCAGUGCACUCACCAAUAUUUGUUGGUCCAUUAACCAUCACUUUCAGGGUGCUUCCUAGUGAAAAAAUGAUCAUCAAAAAAAAUCCUUUUGUUCAGUCUGGUGGCCACUACAGACCACCUCACUGCUUGGCUCGCUACAAAUCAGCCGUCCUUGUAGCCUACAGGAACCAGGAGAAGUACCUUCACCAUCUUCUCUACUAUAUCCAUCCUUUCUUGCAGCGCCAGCAGCUCAGUUACAGCAUCUACUUGAUUCAGCAGGUGGGGAAUGGCACAUUUAACAAAGCAAAACUGCUUAAUGUUGGUGUCCGGGAAGCCCUGAAGGAUGAAGACUGGGACUGCCUCCUUCUGCACGAUGUCAAUCUAGUGCCUGAGAAUGAUUACAACCUCUAUGUUUGUGAUGAGUACUAUCCCAAGCAUAUGGCCAGCGCCAUUGAUAAGUUUCGGUACAGUCUGCCCUAUAAGUCUUUUUUUGGGGGUGUAUCUGCUCUGACUCCAGACCAUUACAUGAAGAUGAAUGGUUUUCCAAACACAUACUGGGGCAGCAGUGGUGAAAAUGACGACAUUGCUACAAGAAUUCAGUUAGCAGGAAUGAAAAUAGUCCGGACAUCACCUCAGCUGGGACGCUACAAAGUGAUGGACUACAAUGAAGAGACAGAGACCCAAGAGCCUUGGAGAAGGCCUACUCCGCACCACAACACCAGGAAAACAUGGAAAGAUGAUGGAAUGAAUUCAUUAGAGUUCAAGCUUCUUUCCAGGAGAAAGCAUCCUCUUUAUACUAACAUCACUGUGGACAUUGGAUAUGUUCCUCCAUUUUCUUGAGAGAAUUAAAACAAAAGCAGAGUUUGUGCUCAGCAGGGCAGUACAUGUGUUGGCAUUCAGCCUCCGGUUCCUGUUGUGCAGUCAACAGCACCUGAGACCAGUUCUCCUCUUAAUGCAUUUCAGUUUUCUUCUGACAGUUUCAAGAGGGGGAAGAAAAGGCUUCAGGACUAGGGUGACAGCUAAGAAGACGACUGUGGCCUAAUUUUGUCAAAGCACACUAACAACUAACUACUGAGCUAGCCCCAGUCCUCAGGGGAUGAGGGUCUCCUUGACAGUAAGCAACUCAGGUUUUCUGGGACCUUCUUUUCAUAGCUGGAUAGCUUUGUCCUGCUUUGUGCUUAAGUGUUAAUGGGGAAGCAAGCCAUGCUGUGUUUUGAGAAAGUUCUGUAAAUAUCUUUUGUGAACCUGACUGAAAUAAGUUAACUUGCAUGUUUGGGUUAAUGAGAGUGUAAAAUAAAGGAGAAAGUUGCCUUUAACCAUACAGAA